AUGUCGGGAUCCUACCCUAACCUCCUCAAGCCACCUGGCCCGGCAGUGCCUGGCAGAGUUUCUGGGUGUAUUUGUGCUCAUGGUAGGCCGGGUAACGGGGGAAGGAGAGAGGGGAGGAGGGCGAACGUUUCUGCCUCUAUCUCUUCAUCCUGGUGUCUCACUUCAUUCAACUGUGCACCAUCUCUGUCCCUGCCCUUGUCCCUUCCGUUCCAGCCCCCGUCCAUCUCUCCCUUCCCAGUCUUCACUCCUCCCCCACAGCUCCUCUAUUUCCUUUCCCUCUAUUGCUCCUCCCCCUUUCUUGCUGACCCCUCCUGUUACUUUGGUGCCCUCUCUCUCUCAGCCGCUCCCCUUCCCAGCCUUGCUCCAGGCUUCCAGGCUCCCCAUUCCUGGUCCUCCGCUCCUCAUCUUCCCUCUCCCCACCAGUUGCUCACCCAGGGGGCUGGAGCCCAGGCCGUCACCAGUGGAGAAACGAAAGGCAACUUCUUCACCAUGUUUCUGGCUGGCUCUCUGGCCGUGACCGUAGCCAUCUACGUGGGUGGUAACGUUUCAGGGGCCCACCUGAACCCAGCCUUCUCCCUGGCCACGUGCCUGCUGGGACGCCUCCCCUGGGCCAAGUUCCCCGUUUACUGCUUGGUGCAGCUUCUAUCUGCUUUCUGUGCCUCUGGAGCCACCUGUGCUGUCUACUACGAUGCCCUACAGAACUAUACAGGCGGGAACCUGACGGUGACUGGCCCCAAGGAGACAGCCUCCAUCUUUGCCACCUAUCCUGCCCCUUACCCGUCCCUGAACAAUGGCUUCCUGGAUCAGGUGCUGGGCACGGGGAUCCUGAUUGUGGGGAUCCUGGCCAUCCUGGACACACGGAACAAGGGAGUGCCUGCAGGUCUGGAGCCUGUGGCUGUGGGGCUGCUGAUCCUGGCCAUCGGGCUAUCCCUGGGUGCCAACUGUGGGUUCCCACUCAACCCUGCCCGGGACCUGGGCCCACGGCUUUUCACCUACGUGGCUGGCUGGGGCCCUGAAGUCUUCAGUGCUGGUAAUGGCUGGUGGUGGGUGCCUGUGGUGGCCCCUCUGGUGGGGGCGACUCUUGGCACAGCCACAUACCAGCUGCUGGUGGCUCUCCACCACCCCGAGGAGAAGUCAGAGCCAGCUCUGGAUCUAGAGUUUGCCCAACAUACAGCCUGAGGCCUGGAAACUCCUGCCUCUGCCCUGUUGCCGCAGCGUGAGCUCUGAUCCCGACACGGAGCCCUCGCCUCGCUUGUGGACACUGAAGAGGGGCCGCAGAUCCGGGACGGUGGCCAGAGGACGGCUUCCUCCCAAACUGGGAGGGCGAACUGGGAGGGCCAGGCCCCUGCUGCCCUCCACACCCCGGGAGGUCUUCGGACCCUGGGGGCCUCCGCGGACACAGUGCCUCAAAGCGGCCGCCAGAGGGUGCGCCCGGGGAGGCCGGGGGAGGGGCGCUUCCCGUGGAGCUCGGCCCCUUCCCGGGCUCCCGGCCCCAGAACCUCGGCGCGGCCGCGCUGCCCUCGCGGGGCGGCUUCCCCCACAUGGGGAGGGGGCUCAAGGGGGUUAACUGAGGCACGGCCCAGUGCCCAGGCGCUCCGGACGUCCUUCCCGGAUAGGGGUGCGGGCCCCGGCCCGGGGGCGCGCGCUGGGGGGAGGGUCCUCGUUGCCCCGCCACGCGCCCCCGGCCCCCUCUCCUCCGAAUAAAAACGUCCCGGCUCUCUAUCCCCGGCUGACUCGGCUUUUUGGGGUGGGGGCCGCGGCCUCGGAAGGCCUAAGACCCCUUCGCCGCCCCGCAUAAAGAUGGCGGCUCCGCCUCUCCUCCCCUCCCCCCUCCCCAAAACCCCCCUCCCGCCCCCCGCCUCUGCCGCC